GCCGUCGCAACGAUGCUCUACGAAUUAAUAGCCAUUGUCCGGCCGGGCAACCUCACCGAGGUAAAAGAAAUCGCCCAGACAGUAGGAUCCCUCGUCCUCCGCAACGGCGGCGUCAUCCGCGGCCUCUCCAACUGGGGUGUCUUCUCCCUCCCCAAACCCGUCUCCAUCCACCAGAUGAAGCACACCCACGGCCACUACUUCGUCAUGCGCUACGACUCCUCCGCCGCCGUCCACCACGACGUCCGGUCUACCUUGCGCCUCGAGCCGCGCAUGAUCCGCGCUGCGCACGUCAAGCUUGGCGAUGGCAAGCUCGAGACUGUCUCGAGAUUUGGGCCGCCCAGAUGGAGGACGCAGGGGAGUGAGGCGUGAGGGACGAAAUGAAGACGAAAGAAAAUUACGAAGAUAUUGAUUGGGUUAAUUUGCACUCCAAGCUUGCGAUCGAGCGCGGGAAAACAAAUUCCCGGCUAUUAGAGGUGUGCAUACAAGUGCAACCUGUGUAAGAUUAUGAUCCUGUCCGAGAAUGAGGAAGCGCCCAACAUGGAAGGGAACGUCUCAUGCUCGGCAACGAAACUGGUGGAACGAAAGGGGCAUCUGGACAUCCGAUAUACUCUGUACAUAUCCCUGGAUGUCUGCAUGGGAAACGCCAAAUGUCACAUGUUGAAGACGACGAUAGACGGCUCUUC